GUCCGCUCUCGACGCAGGUGACCAUCACUACACAGCUUGUCAGAAAAUUUUCACGUUUGGGAAGAGUCCGGAAUCCACAAAAAUACUUAUUUUCUGCUGUUAAUCUUCCAUAAAGUCGGUACGAAAGAGCGCGUCCUAGCGACGCGGUUUCGUUCGACCGUAAUGGCCGGCGGCUCAGGUACGAAGGUGGUGCAAAUCACCAACAUUGCCCCGCAGGCCACCAAGGAUCAGAUGCAAACGUUCCUCGGGACGGUGGGGAAAAUUGACGAGAUUCGCCUCUACCCGACCAUACGGGAUGUGUCCUGCCCGGUGGUGUCACGCAUCUGCUACGUGAAGUACUUCGAGAGCAGCUGCGUAGCGGUCGCCCAGCACCUAACCAACACGGUGUUCAUCGAUCGGGCCGUCAUCGUGAUCCCGGUCGCGAACGGCGUCAUCCCCGACGAGUACAAGGCGCUCGAGAUGGCCGCCAACGGGACGCUCGUGCCGGGGCUGCACAGCUUCAACGUGCCGUCCAAGCUGCCGCCGGAGGUGGUGAACCGCAUCGACGGCAUGAUACCGAACCAGGUGGUAAAGACGAUCGACCCGAAGCUGGAAGAGAACGGACUGCCCGAGUAUCCGCCGCUGCCGGUGAACUUCGACGCGAAAAAGAUCGAGGAAACGCGCCGCACCAUACUCAUUCUGGACGUGCGCUCGGACUGGCGGCUGGAGGAGCUGAUGGACCACUUCAAGCCGGCGGGCGAGAUCAAGUACGCCCGGUACGCGGAGAACGAGCGCAGCAAGCUGGCGCUGCUCGAGUUUUGCGACCAGCGCAACAUCAUCAACGCGCUCAAGAUGCACGGCACCGAGUUCCGGGGCUACCGGCUGAACGUGCACCAUUCGACGCAGCCGAUCGUGAAGCCGGAGGCGAAGAGCAACGAGGCGGCCCAGAAGGAAAUCGAGGAAGCGAUGACGAUCGUGAAGGAGGCCCAUCACCAGAUAUCGAACAUGGACCCGGUGGUCGCCAUAUACCCGAAGGACAAGAGCGGCAGCCGGCGCCGGUCCCGUUCGCGGUCCCGCUCGAAGGAACGUCGCACCCGGUCCCGUUCGCGCAAACGCUCCAAGUCGCGCAGCAAACGGUCCCGGUCGCGGAAGCGCUCCCGCAGCCGCUCGAAGCGUUCCCGCUCCCGGCGGUCCCCGUCGCGGAGCAAGCGCUCGCGCUCGAAAUCGAAACGUUCGCCCUCGCGCAGCAAGCGCUCGCGGUCGCGCUCGAAGCGUUCGCGCUCCCGGGACCGCCGCAAACGUUCCCGCUCCCGCCGCCGCAGCCGCACGCGUUCGCGCGAACGUACGUCGCGCAUUCGUCGGUCGCGUUCGCGCUCGAAGAAGCGGUCCCGUUCGCGCGAGCGUCGCGAUCGUAGCCGCGACCGCAAGAAGUCCCAUCGCAACAAGGAGGAACGGCGCCGCCGCUCGCGUUCCCGUUCGGCGAGCGCCAAGCGUUCGACGUCCCGGAGCCGGGCAAGCCGCACCAAGGAGGUGGUCACGAAAUCAUCGUCCAAGCGUCGCAGCCGCACCCCGUCGGACAAGAGGUUGAAAAAGAUCCUGGAAGAAACGGUCAGCCGCGACUACGACGCGGAGGAGCGAAUGGAUGCAGGUGGAAGCGUGGUCGGUGUGGAGGAUGAUGCGGCCAGCACCGGCAAGCAGUCGGUCUCGUCGCCUACCCAAGCAUCCGGUACAGGCGACGGGGGCGGUGAUGGUGUCGGUGGCUCCAGCUCCUCCUCGUCAUCUUCUUCAUCCGGUGGCGCAGUCGCGGCACCGGCCGCUCCAACGACACCGCGGGAGAAAACCGCCAGCCCGACAACGGAGAAAUCCGACAACAUGGACAUUUCCAACUCUCCGCCCUUCGCAGACAUUAUGGCAGAUAGUUUGGUGGAAACGCCCACGGCCAGUGCGGGCCACUUGAUGAACCUGAACGUGAUAAACGCGAUGGCGGGCGACUCGGGAAGCUCCAGCUCCUCCUCCUCGUCCUCCUCCUCCUCCUCCUCCUCGUCAUCUUCUGCCUCCUCCUCCUCGUCCUCUUCCUCGUCCUCGAAUGUGGCCACGUCAUCCGGGUCCGGGGCCGCACCGUCCGGCACGCUCGAACCGGCCCCGGGCGGCACCACCACCACCACCCCGACCGUGCUGAUCUCGGUCAGUGCUACCACCACCGGCACGUCCUCCGCCCGCCAGUCGAGCUUGGCGUCCGAUCUGCUGCUCAACCAGAUGCUCAUCGCUCAGCAUCGUGUCCAGCAGCAGCAACAACAACAACCGUCGUCCUCUUCCUCCCCCUCCCCCUCCUCUUCGGCACCUUCCUCAUCCUCGGCCGUGUCGUCGUCCGGUACGCCGGCCGUUAGCUCACAGCUGCCGACCGGUGGCCCUUCCACCGUCGCUGCCGGUGACCCAUUGCCGCCCACCCUUAUCACACUGUCCGCCACACCGUCCCCAUCCUCGUCGUCGGCGGCGGCACCAUCGCUCGGCACAAACUCGGCCGCUGCCCGGCCCGUGCAGCUGCCCGUUCGGCCGCUCGAGCUGGUGAAGCAGCAGCAGGCGCCGGCCAGCCGCUCCGUCCACGGCCGCCCGGCCGACCCGGCGGACGACUGCGGCGAGCCGGAGGCGAAGCGCAAGAAGAAGGGCGACAAACCGAACGCGAAGGUCGAAAAGCUGGAGCUGCGCCUCGGCGGCAUACUGUGCUGUGCCGUCUGUCUCGAUCUGCCCCGGACCGCCAUGUAUCAGUGCUCGAUGGGACAUCUGAUGUGUGCUGGAUGCUUCACCCAUUUGCUGGCAGAUGGACGGCUGCGCGACCAGAACGCGACCUGUCCGAACUGCCGCACCGAGAUUAGCAAGAACAACUCGUCGCGCAACCUGGCGGUCGAGAAGGCGGUGUCGGAGCUGCCGGCCGAAUGCCAGUACUGCUCGAAGGAGUUCCCGAACAAAUCGAUCGACUACCACGAGUCGACCGAGUGCGAGGAUCGGCCUACCGAUUGCAAGUACGCGCGCAUCGGCUGCCAGUGGCGCGGCCCCAUCCACGAGGUGACGUCGCACGAGGGCAACUGUGCCCAUCCGCGCAAGUCCGGUGCGGACGUGAUGGUGGCGCUGCAGGCCCACGAUGCGAAGGCGGCCGAGGAUAAGAAGCUCUUUCUCACGCUGAUCGAUCUGCUGAGCUAUGAGAAGAUCAUUUUUAACGAUUUGCAGCUGAAACCGUACCGAACGGAUGAGUACGUCCAUCGUCUGUACUACGAGACGAGUCGCUUUUCCGCCUUCAACCAUCAGUGGGUAGUGAAGGCGAUCAUUAACAAAAGCCAGCGCGAUCCGCACGAGUCGUGUGAGCGCGACAUCACCUAUCAGCUCAUACUGAAGUCGAAAACAACGAGCCCAUUGCCGAUGCACUUCUUCGUGCUGCGUGGCCCAUUCUCCGACAUUAAGGUGGAUACGCAAAUCUACAAGCACGAUUUCGCCGACACGGAAACGGAAAGCCCGUUCAAGCUGCUGCCCCUGCCGGACACGGCCGAGUGUAACAGGCUGCUCGCGGCGAAGGCAAUCAAUUUCCGAUUAAUUAUGUUUUUGGCUUCGAAGUAAGGUGCGCGCGCGAGUGAUGAUGGUACCACAACCGGGGACACAGAGGGCGUGCGUCUAUAAAUGAAGCAUUAGCUCACGUGCUCCCUGCAUAACAGUAGUAGUUUGUUUACACAGUACACCACCCGAAUGCUAAUUAGGAUAACGUUCUUUAUCUUUAUUAUUUCCUUUCUAAAUUUAAGGGUUUGAUGAUUUGAGAGCGUGAUUUAACAAAUUAAACUUUUCGCUACAAACGUUUUGUUUCAGUCGAACUCUCGUUCGAGCGCGUGUUUCCAUCACUUACAUUGCAUCUCAAAUCGUGCGGUUUUGUGUUGUCUUUUUGCGAAAAGCACACCAAACGAGACACGUGUGUCGAACGUUUACGGUUGCGACACGAUGGACCAAAAUUUGCGCUGUCGUUCGCACAGGGCACAGCAUUAUUAAUUCCGCCUAUUGAAUCCGACUAUUCGGGCAGUCUAUUGGUUUGUGUGAUUGGUUUUUUUGUUUGUUGUUGUUGCCACUAAUGUGCUAUAGCCGCCACCAGCAGCAAAAGCGGGGUGUAGAAUGUGUAGAAUCAGCCGGUUUUAGCUUACCGCAAAACAAAAAAAGACCGUUAGCUAGGGCAAAGAGGAGACGUCGCGAGAUAAAGUUUAGUAUUACGUUGCCAUUUUUUUCACAUUUAAAGUGUAUAACAUGCAUGCAUACAUAAUUAGCGAUAAAGCUAAGAUUACAGUAGCGUACACAGACAGCGAAGCUCUAGGGAUCCCGUCCCGUGUAGUGGACACAGGAUGCGCGGAUGUGGUAUAGGCGCCUGGAUACUCAUAAGGUUUUGCUUUUGGAGGUUUUGGUUUGUUCACCAUCGCCAACUCUCUCCCCAAAUGGUAAUAUCUACUUGUUGCUAGAGGAAGACGUUAUUUGGGCGGGCGUUAUUUGCUAAUCGAAUGAAUAUCUAUCGUACACAAUUUACUGCAUAAGCUCUACACUAUAUACAAAUAUACAUAACUAUAUUAGACGAGCGCGUAAGCUUACAUUGAUUCAGAAAUGUGUGAUACAUGAACUUUGCAAAGAUUGAGUAAGAAGAAACAGUGUGACGAAGGGGACAAGGGCACGACGGAGGCAGGUUUUCUUUUAAACAAUACGUGUGUUUGUUGGUUUAAAAUGGGUUAUGCUAGUUUCUACUUUUAUGAUACAGUUUACAGCACGGCCCGCGUGCAGGCGCCCACACGAACAUGGUAGAAUGCGUUUUGCCUAGGUUCGAUCAAAGCGUUUACGCGAGCGAAGAUUGUUGUUGCAUACACACACGUGUUUUUCACCAUUAACAUUCGGUUAAAACAUUCGGACCAGCAAACCAAAACUUCAACGCAUCAACAUUUGUCGCGCACAGUUUUCUCGCACGAAAACUUUACACAAUAAUUUACAAAAGACAACCCCAUCGCCAGGUGGGUUUGAUAGAGAGAGAGAGAAGAA